GUCUCAACGUACUUCUUCUGUCUAUUUUCUUUUAUUUCCCUUUUUAUUCUUUUAUUUUAUUAUAUUCUUACCUGUAAAUCACAACACCACAUCAUCAAGACAUCACCAUUUCACAUGCAUUUAUCAGAUGCAAAACAUGUUGAACUGUCUAAACCCAUUACCAAUGUGAUAGGUAAAGACUGGAUCCAAUUUCCACAACUCAGUGAUUAUGGAUGGAUCUGCAGCGCUGUUGUUAAAUGGCUUAGAGCCCUAUGGCAGGUUACGAACUGUUCUGCUCAUUUUGAAAGAAGAACCAAAUCAACAUUACAUCAGUCGUCAUUCCCUAGAAAAGAAAACAAAUAUGGGUGGAUUACAACCGUUGCUGUUGAAAAUGAUAAUACAACUAAAGUGAAAAUAGGUCUUUUGAUAUGUAAUUUGUUAGUUACUUCCAGUUUACGAAUUGAUAGUCAUGCGGUAACAACAAACGGAGUGGUGGAAUUAGGCCCGAAUACCAAUAAUUUCUUUCCUAAGGAUAUCGUUUCGAUUUAUUUGAAUGAAGAAUCUAUAAAGCUUGCCAAGAUUAUGAUCAAAAACAAGGCAACAACGUUGAUCAAUUCGUGGAACUACCUGGUGCAGUUACGUCAGAUACGCAGUAAGUUCCACUGUUUGUCAACGUACACCCUUUGUAGGUCUUUUAAUUCAAUUUCUACUGAUAUCACUUUCCAGCCAUAUACCAUAUGGUUUCUGUAUUAUUAUGACUCAAACCAGAGUUUGGAAUCACAAUCACAAAAGUUAUCACUGAUGUUCCAACGUAUCGCUCUUUCUGUGAUGGUAGAUGGUGCUGCUGUUCGUCUAGAAAUGAAUACUUUCAAAAAUCUAUACAGCCAAUUGAAUGAGAAUUACAUAAAAAAUACAAUCAAACCGAUUUUAGAUCUGGAACAAGGUGAAUCAAUAUUCAUAAUCAACAAUACCAAGCUUAGCCAAAGAUUAUAA